UAGAUACGAUAAGGACGCGGAAAUCUGUCCCAGCUGGGGCAUUAUUUGGUGGUGCAGCUACCAAGGGAGGCACGGUGUAUGUGAAAUGCACUCAGCAGUAUUGCGUCUGGCUGUAGUGGCAGUCCCUAUGGGUGUGCUGUUAUCCAGGACCAUGGCAUGGAUGUCCAGUGGCAAGACAAAUCCUGAACUCAUCAGUCGACUUCGGGAUCAUGGAGUGAUCCGCAGUGAUCGUGUGUUUGAUGCCAUGCUGGCCACAGACAGGGGAAUAUACUCUGAGGACUACCCUUACUCCGACUCUCCUCAAUCUAUCGGGUACAAGGCAACAAUCAGCGCUCCACACAUGCAUGCACAUGCUCUGGAGGUGUUGAGUGACAAGCUAAUCGAAGGGGCCUCAGCCCUGGAUGUGGGUUCUGGGAGUGGAUAUCUCACUGCCUGCUUUGCCAGGAUGGUGGGGUCCUCGGGGAAGGUGGUGGGAAUCGAGCACAUCAAGGAGCUGGUGGAGGCCUCUGUGAGAAACGUGCAGGCAGAUGACCCAAAGCUGCUCUCCUCAGGAUGCAUUCAACUUGUGGUGGGGGACGGGAGGUUGGGCUACCCUGAAGGAGCACCGUAUGACGCCAUCCACGUGGGGGCAGCUGCACCUACACUCCCCAAAGCUCUCCUAGAGCAGCUGAAGCCUGGAGGGAGGCUGGUUCUCCCGGUGGGUCCAGACGGAGGGAGCCAAGUUCUGGAGCAGUACGACCGCCAGCCAGACGGAACGUUCUUCAGAAAAGCCCUAAUGGGGGUCAUCUAUGUUCCUCUCACUGAUAAGCGACGCCAGUGGCCUGGGGGUGAGCUCUGAUUGCAGUGUGGUUGCCCCUGCAGGAGGUGGUGCUGGGGCUGCAAUUCUGGGGUCCCAUAGGACAGUCCAGUCUGAUGCAUAGCAGCCAGAACAUGCCAGCAGCUGCCUGCUCUUCUUUGCCUUGUAGCAUCUCUGGGAAGACCCAGGACUAUGAGAUGAGGAGAGAAGCCAAGGACUGUGGAUUUACAAGUUCAUCUGUUCAUGUUAUGGACUUUCAAACUUGCCAUGUGUUAAUCUUCCCUGAUAGAUUAUUGUCCGUUGUCUGGUAGUUUGAAUGUUUUAUUCAUCUGUGAGGUGAAGGUGGAGACAGACACCUGUAUAAUCCUAAAGGAUCAUGAUCCCAGUGAUGGAAACAAACAAGAAGGGAAUUAUAUAGUCAACGCUUACCAAGUGAUGUAAAGUUGAUGCAUGUGUACAAUGUGUACAUUUUAUUUCAAUUGUUGCUGUGAAUCUCAGCAUUCAUAGUCUAAUCACCUAAUCCUAAUUCCUUUAUAUCACUACAAUAGAAGAACCACCUUUGUAGAUGAGAAGGAAAUGUACUUUAUUUUGGGAAAUAAUCAAAAUAAUUUUGACUAUUACGAUAUUGUUUAUUAAUAAAAGUGUAAUAAAAUUAUGAUGUGCUUA